AUGCCUUUGACAGAAGAUGCACUGCGCAUUGCGCAGAGCAAAAUCAAGUGGGUAGACUUUAAGUGGGCGCGCGACAAUGUCACACUUCCAGAGCUGGAAGCGCACGGGGUGCCCCGUCGCAAUCACAAAUUUAAGGGAUCUUUUCCGAGCCUCCCCUCAGUGCCAUUGAUGAAAAUCAGCGACGAUACUAUCGGUAGCCACGGCGCUGAAGUCCCCAAGCGCAACAAUCAGAGUGAUAUCCGCGGUCAGAUUGGACUGGAGCAUAACAUCGCAAUUAAUGACGGCAAGUGGUUAAAGUACAACUGGGACCACCCUGACGGAAAAGACGACAAUGACCUCUUUGCUUCCGAGACUUACCUUAAUAAAUUCGUCCUCACGUGGCACCAAAACGUUCUUGGCAACGUCAGAGCCAAACUUUUAAUCAGAAAUGAACCGGAGCAUUGGAAAUGCGAUAUUGAUACCGACACGGGAUUCCUUGCGCCGCCAAUUGCAUACCCCGAUACAAUUGUCGAUCUUUCGACGCAGAUUCCUGAACUGAGAUGGCGCCGCCAUAACUUCACUUCAGCUCUAAUCGUCAGAAAUUACGAGAUAGACCAUGAGCGUCGCACCCGGCGCGGAGGCCGUAGGGCGGACAUCGCGCCCAUCGAAUAUGAGUCCAUAGACCCAGAGGAUGCGGUCCGAUUGGGACUUGUUGUUAAGCAGCCAGAGGUAGAGAUUCCAGUGAAGAAUCCGAUCACACCCCGUGCUAAAUGCUACCUGCGCCCGGCCCAGAAGGCCGACAUGGAGGCAGUAGCUAGAAUCUACAACUGGGAGGUAAAGAAUGGCCUCCAGGCUCUCGACUCCGAGCCUUUAGCUAUCGAGGAUUUUAAGAAGAUCUUCAAAACUACCCAGGAGCUUGGCAUGCCGUUCCUUGUUGCCGUGAGCGGGUCGGUCGGUGACCUCCACCUGAAUGAUAGGACUGCCACCUAUUCACCCUAUCGCCAAAUCCUUCCCAACAAUAGAGCCCGCCCUAAGAAAAACAGCAAAGUUCUUGGGUUCUCCUAUCUUUCGGUCUGGGAGCCGGGUUUGGCCGGCGGUGGCACAGGAGCCAGCCGAGCGACUGCAAAGAUUCACGUCUUCGUUGACCAUGCUUCGAGAAUGAAAAAGAUUGGGUUCUCGCUUCUUGACAAGCUGAUUUCGAGUGUCUCAGGUCGAUACUCAUCUGAGUCUAGUUACGACUUUGUCGAUCCUUCCGCCAAUCCCAUCUACAAGCAUCCGAUUCGCAACCACGACCGCAAGUAUUACCAGGUGUACCUGAAUUACUUUGUCAAGCACAAGCAUCGAGACCAGGGUCUGGAGCAAGAGCAGAAGUCGUAUGACGACGAUCUGAAGUGGGUCAAGUCGCUUCUUGAGGAGAAACUUAACUUCUCCGAGAAAGUUCGAUUCGAGGCGACACACCGCACGGCUAAGGCUCGCUCGGGACCCGUUUACUGGCUUGACUCGGUCGUCUUUGAGCAUACCUGCCAGUUCGACCCACGCUUCGAGGAGGGUUUCUAA